CCAUAGAAUACCAUUUGAUGCUGAUGCUGUCUCGCCAUAAUCUCGAGUAGUACCGCGAGACAUCGGACGCACCCAGGUUCCCGUAGCCAGAUACAUGUCGCUUCCCUACGGUCGGCAAGUUAACGGCACGUAAAUAACGGAAUAGACAUGCAAUAGACAACGGCCUUUAAAACAGGACCACUGUUUUUGGUGAGGUGCGCUACCUGUUCCUCCGGCUAAAGUCUCAAAUUGGGUGCUGUGAAGGCAUUUUAAUAGACGAUCAAUGCGCUGACGGCUCAGGAUCGUCAUCACCGCGUCUCGCUUAACCGGCAUCAAACUGAAACCUUGAGCUUACGUUGAAAACGCUUGGUACGUGAGCUAAUAUAUCAUGUGGAAUUAGUGAGCGACACAUUCGUCUCAAGUUAACUUCACGAAUGUGUUCCUGGUGAAAUAUCGAGUUUGUAAGUUAACCGGCAGCUGGUAGCUUUUCCUUUCAGUAUACCGGCAGAAAGCGAGGAGGCAUGUGACGUGGUAGUUACUGCUCGAGAUAUUAAACAGUGGCCUCGAGUGCUCUUUGACUUCAGCUCUCAGCCGCUUGACACCGUAGGCAGGAGGCUGUGAGCCACCUCACUCGAUGCAGCAACAGGGCUCGUUGAUGCCCCCCUUGCUCGGUGAUGUAUUCUGCCAGUGCCGGUCCGCCGAGACCCACCCAGGGGUCGACCCGGGCGGCGGAGGCGGACACGCCGAGGACCCCUCAUCAGCUUCCCAGUCAAAACCAGUCACCGGACAGCCCGUGGCCGGUAGCUGGCACUCGUACCCUGGCCAGUCAGCGCAUCCUUGUGAUAUAUGUGGAGGACCUGAGCAGGAGCACAGACUCAAAGUGCUGUUCCAAGUUCUGGAUGUGAACGGUGAUGGAGGUAUUUGUGUCAACGACCUGACGAUUGGGCUGAGGAAAUUAGGGGUACAUCGCACCGAACAUGAGCUCAUGAAAAUAGUGAAAGCAGGAGACAAAGACCUGGAUGGACAGUUAGACUUUGAGGAGUUUGUUCAUUAUCUCAGAGACCACGAGAAGAAACUUCGGCUGGUCUUCAAGAGUCUGGACAAGAAGAACGAUGGCAGGAUAGACUCCCAAGAAAUCGUGCAGUCUCUUCGGGACCUGGGAGUGAACAUCUCCGAGGAACAGGCCGAGAAGAUUCUCAAAAGAAUAAGGAGGGGUCAUAUCUGGGCCCCUAUCUUGUAUAUGGAUAAAAAUGGCACCAUGACAAUUGACUGGAAUGAGUGGCGUGAUUACCACCUCCUGCAUCCAGCAGACAACAUUCCUGAGAUCAUCCUGUACUGGAAACACUCCACGAUCUUGGAUGUUGGAGAAAGUUUGAUGGUGCCUGACGAGUUCACGGCAGAAGAGAAGAAAACAGGAAUGUGGUGGCGGCACCUGGUAGCCGGAGGAGGAGCUGGUGCUGUGUCUCGAACCUGCACAGCACCACUGGACAGACUCAAAGUGCUCAUGCAGGUUCACGCCUCCAAGAGCAACAGCAUGCGUAUCACAGGGGGUUUUGUCCAGAUGAUCCGAGAGGGGGGCGUGAGGUCACUGUGGCGAGGCAACGGCAUCAAUGUCAUCAAAAUUGCACCCGAGUCUGCUAUUAAGUUCAUGGCCUACGAACAGAUUAAACGAUUAAUCGGAAGCAACCAGGAGACGUUGGGCAUCGCAGAAAGACUGGUGGCGGGCUCCCUGGCCGGAGCGAUCGCUCAGAGCAGCAUCUACCCCAUGGAGGUCCUGAAGACGAGGUUAGCCCUGAGGAAGACGGGCCAGUACUCUGGCAUCCUGGAUUGUGCCAAACAAAUUUUGCAGAGGGAGGGUGUGGCUGCUUUCUACAAGGGCUACAUCCCCAACAUGCUGGGCAUCAUCCCCUACGCUGGCAUCGACUUGGCUGUCUAUGAGACUCUGAAGAAUUCCUGGCUGCAGCGCUUCGCCACAGACAGUGCUGAUCCAGGAGUGUUUGUGCUCCUGGCUUGUGGCACCACUUCAAGCACGUGUGGCCAGCUCUCUUCUUACCCGCUCGCCUUGGUCAGGACUCGAAUGCAGGCGCAAGCUACCCUUCAAGGAGGCCCUCAGAUGAACAUGACGGGCCUGUUCAGACACAUCAUCAGGACCGAGGGGGUCAUGGGACUCUACAGAGGCCUGGCACCCAACUUUAUGAAGGUCAUUCCAUCUGUCAGCAUCAGCUAUGUGGUCUAUGAGUACCUCAAGAUCACACUGGGAGUCCAGUCGAAGUGAAGAAGGAGGCAGAGAGAGGAAAUCUAGAUGCCAAAGUUUUUUUGCUUUCCUUUUGAGCUGAAAUUGACCGUAUUUGGCUCUAAGGAACAAGCAGCUGACAGUCAGUGAGUUUAAAUAAAAUCAACCUAAUCAAAUUACAUGGUUUAAAGGAUAAAUGUGAGACCGAUGUGAACGAGAGGCGAUUGGAGAUUUCGAGAAAUCUUGAUUGAAGAAAUGUCUGUGAGUUGCAGUUAUUUAAAACUACUUUAUCUUAGUAAGUGCUUCAACACUUUUUAAUCUUUAAGAAGGACGCAGUUUACAUUUAAUUAACUGAAGUUGUUUACUAGUGUACCAGUAAAGCGUGCCUACUUGUUUUGGGCACUGACAUUGAUGUGGCAGGAGAAGUUGCUGCAAAGUAAGAAUCUUAAAGGGCUUUCCUAAGGCAUAUCGCAAAGCAUUUCACCCUGUCUCCCGUCUGGAAGUAUUUAACCUAUUAAUCAUCAAAAGUGCACUGACUGUGCACAAGACAAUGGGGAUAUAACUUCUGCAGGUAAGUAAUAUGUUCCUUUAUAUUGUUUAAGAAGAGAUCCACAGCUUUGUUCUGUGUAACAAAUCGGUGGUCAAGCAAGUCCUAAUUACAUAAUAAAAUUUGAAAAUAAAUUCAGCUGCACAUAGGACUCAGUUUAACAUAUCCCUGUGGAUUGUGCAACAUGAACACUUUUAUGUCAUUUUCAAAAUUCCACAGUACUAUGGAGUUUUGAAAAUGACUUCUCUCCCUUCAGUGACUUGUCCCCCUUCAUUCUUUCCAGAGAAUGGACACUCUAAUACCCCAUCAGGUCUAAAUGUUAACUGUCCGCAAUUUUCAUUAAAUUGCAUAAACACAUUGAUCCUAUCAAAGGGAUGGAUCCUGUAAAUUGGCUCACCCCUUUCCGCCAGUGCUAUCCUUAUGUUUUUAACCCCAGCUUUGUUAAGGGC